GUGCUCCAGCCGUCCAGCGCCAAAAGGAAACCCAAUCGGCGAGAGCGCCGAAACCCUAAGCUACCUCCGCCGACUACCGACGGCCGACGCGCACCUGCGAGAUCCAUCCGCCAUUGCGGGCGCACGAGUCGCCUCUCCUUCCUGACGAGCGGCGCGAGCAGCAACGCACGAGUCGCCCCUCCUCCCGACGAGCGGCGCGAGCAGCGGCGCACGAGCCGCCCCUCCUUACGUGCGGCGCGAAAAGCAGCGCGUCAUCAGGCACUCCGUUUCCUCCCCCAUCUCCUGGGUUCAUUUUCAAGGCUAAUAUUUGCUUCACCGGACACCUUGCGCGGGAUGUCUAGUUUUGCGGCACUUGGUGACCACCACACAAAUGCUCAACGGGAGUACAGCUAUCGCAGAUACAUUGAUGAUGAUAUGGAAGUUGAUGUUGAGGAUGACUGUUUAUCGUUUGAGCAGUUCAGGGUGAUGGAACCACGGACAGUUGUACCACCAUUUACAUGUGAAGAUUAUGCUUUUAACUACCCGAUUGUAGGAGCCAUUGGAGGUUACGAUUACAAGUGCCCCCUCACCCCUGACCCCACAAAGAAGUUCAUUUUGUCAAUCAUAUUGGGCGCUGAGAGAGUAAUGGGUCGUGGAAAAUGCUAUGCACCAUUUACGAGCGAGAAUAUUGUGGUGACUCAUGAACGACAAGCAUUAUUCAAGCAUCUUCGAAUGGUUGGAUUAUCUGAUGCAGCCAAAACAGCAGUGUACAAGAGCAUUGCUACGGUCAUCACGGAACUUUUUACGGACUAUGAUAUCCCUGGAGAUAUCCAGCACCUUAUCAAUUUGCUGAAGAGUGGAAAGAAGCAAGUGCUUUACAAAAUACAUCCUUCCAUAGUGCCCCACUCUGAUAGGGGAUGGGUGUUCCUUAAAUCUUACGAGUAUGUCAUGCAUAGGGCAGAUGCUGCUUCAAAGGAUUUGAUUCUUCUUGCCUUGCCGUACCAUGACACCUGGCGAACAAAGGUCAAUCUGAAUCAUGUUCUGACAGAGACAUAUGAGUACAGCGACGGGGCCUAUGAUGUAAACCCUUCUGUUGGAGAUCAAACUGCCUGGACUGAAAAUGCAAAGAAGAUUCAGUCAGCUGAGAAAUUCAUGGAGUUUCUUCGUAAUGGCACCUCUCACAGGUUGCAGAGAUCUAGCAAACUUAGUGCUGAUCAAUAUGAAACGCUUCUGUUGGUCCUCUUUCACAUGCUCCUUCCAAAGCUGCUAGAGGCCAUGCUUGAUCAUCUAGGUGCUGAUGGCCUUGAGAAGGCAGGGCUGCUUAGGUAAACAAGUAACCCUUUUGCUAGAGCACCAUUUGAUGUUUAAGCAGGUUUGUUGAUGUCUAGAAUGGAGAUGAAAGGAGUGCUUGGGUAGUAACUUGAAUGCCCCUGAAUCAGGGUCUGGCGAUAAAAGAGCCCUGUUUCCAAACAGAUUUGUCUAGUGAUUAACUUGUUAAUGACUACCAUUCAUCAGCGCUGAACUUGUUAUGUCAUUUCUUAGACUUUCUAACCUCAUUAGGAUUUGAUCCAUCAGUAGUUCUUGUUAUGUCUCCGAGAAACAUAGAAGUAAUGUUCACGUACUAGCCGUUCUGUUGUUCUGCGCUUUACAUUUUGUAGUUUGUAUUUCAGUACUGCUUGUACUUCUGCUGCUGUUAGUUUAUUAACCAUUAACAUGUUCUUGUA